UCAGGAUCCUGCUGAGCCUUGAGGUCAGAGGUCAAAGGGUCAUGGGGACCAGGAGGGUGCUGGUGACUGGAUGCUCCUCCGGCAUUGGCUUGGCUGUAGCCGCACGGCUGGCUAAAGAUGAGCUGAGACGGUUUAAAGUGGUGGCCACAAUGAGGGAUCUCGGAAAACGGGGGCCCUUGGAAAAGGCGGCAGGAGCUUCCUUAAACAAAACCCUGGAAAUCAAACAGCUGGAUGUCUGUUGUGAAGCCUCCAUCAGAGAGUGUGUCAACAGCCUGCCGGACAGAAGGGUGGAUAUCCUUGUGAAUAAUGCAGGUGUUGGCAUGAUCGGGCCACUGGAGUGCCAAAGUAUUGCUGCCAUGAAGGAGCUCUUCGACACAAACUUCUUCGGGCUGGCGCGGCUAGUGAAAGAGGUGCUGCCCGGCAUGAAGCGACGGCAGAGCGGCCAUAUCGUUGUGAUGAGCAGCGUCAUGGGAAUCCAGGGGCUUCUGUUCAAUGACGUCUACUCUGCCUCUAAAUUUGCUGUGGAAGGAUUUUGUGAAAGUCUGGCAGUGCAGGCAUUGAAGUUUAACAUCAAGACGACUCUUGUGGAACCUGGCCCUGUGGUGACGGAGUUUGAAAGGAAAGUGUACGAAGAUGCCGAGGCGAUGGAUCUAUCAGGGACAGACGAAGAGACGGCCAAAAUCUUCCAUGAAGUUUACCUGCCAUACUCGAAAAAGGUCUUUGCCUCAUUAGGCCAGACACCGGCAGAAGUGGCCGAGCAAACAGUUAAAGUCAUCACAGCCAAGGAACCUCCUCUGCGCCACCAGACCAACCGCCUGUACAUGCCCAUGACUGCACUGAAACAUGCAGAUCCAACCGGCCGCCUGCCUCUGGAAACCUUUCACAAGAUGAUCUUUAAACACGACCGUGUGGUCAAUGCUACUCUGGCUUUGCUUCGAGUGCUGCGGCGAAGAGGAGGAGAGAAAUUAUGACUUGGCUGUCGGGUUGCAAACACUGUAGAUGUUAUUCCGAAGGAGACAGUGACUGACUGUGCAUGCAAGUUGUUGUCGCUAUUCUUUGAGAAUGACGUCCAGCUGUGAGGGGACACAGGUUUGAGUGAGCAUGUUUCUGUUAUCUGUGUGAAACAGUAACUACAGUGAUAAUAGUAAUGUAAUGUGUACUGUAAGUGUGUACAUGAAGUAUGUCUCCCUGAGCAAUAUUAUAAAGCUUUCAAACUCUCUGCACACUAGUAAAAAUGAA